ACUAAUCUUUAUCUUUUUUAUUGAAAUCAUAAUGCCGGAGUGACUAUUUUUAUUUAAAGGCAGUAUACUAUCCUUAUUUGUGAGAGUUUUGCCAUAUCUGGUAUGUUCUUUUUUUUAAUUAUCUUGAUAAAAUAGUUAGAAAAUUAUGAGUAGAAGAGUAUUAGAGUUGACAGGAGAUUCUGUACCACUUGUUUAUUUAUUAGAGAUUUGAACAGUAUAACUUUGCCCAGUUGGAGUUCCAAGCAAUUCUUUCCUUGGGCAGCAAGUCGUGCAUUUUUUUUUCCUUCUUCUGAAUUUUAAGGCUAUCAUUGUGUUCUGAAAUGAUAUGAGGAGCUUAAAUCUGUUGUAAAGUUGAAACCAACGAAUAUGAUCAAUUUUUGGGAAAGAUCAGACAGGUGGAACACAGACCAAGCUCAAACAGAAACAACAGCUGAUAAAGAGGCAUCCUGGAAAGAUUUAGGAUCAUCAAUGAAUGCAAUUUCGUUUGGUUUUGUAGCCACUGCAAUUUUGAUAUCCAUGUUCCUCAUCAUGGCAAUUUUCGAGCAUUUAAUCAGACCAAGGCAAUCAUUAGAGCAGUCUCAAAACGAAAGUCAAGUGUCAUUUGGGGUGAAUCGACAACAAUAUCAGUUGCAAUCAAACGGAAAGCUUGUCAAUUCCAAAUCUGAGGUUCUGGCAACAACUCCUAAUUUGUCUGUAUUGAUGCCAGGGCAGAGGUUUCCUACCUUUCUUGCUCAACCUGCACCUCUACUCCCUUGCCCAAGAGAAGGCAUAUACUGGCCUUCACAUCACCAACAAGCCUGUGAUCGUCCGUAGCCCCCCAAAUGCAGUCAAAACACAAGCCUAAAGUGGGAGUACUUUAUUUCUAAGUAAAAUAAGCUAUCGCUAUCAUUAUCAGAGCCAUUCAGUUGCACUAGAGAGAUCGUCAUCACAAUGUGAUAGGAAACUAUAUUAGCAACACUUUUUAUUCUCAGAAACAAUUCCAAUGAGUGGUUUAUCUGGUUUGCGGGAUCACAUUUUUAUUUCGUAGUUGCAAA